AUGAAAGAUGUACUGCGAGCAAAGAUUCGAGCCAGACUGGUCGUACUUAGCUGCUGUCAUAGUGCUCAUGGUAAAAUCAAAGCCGAGGGUGUAGUUGGCAUAGCACGGGCAUUUUUGGGUGCCGGUGCUCGUUCUGUCCUGGUAUCCCUGUGGGCGAUUGACGACAAGGCCACCCUUGAGUUCAUGAAAAAUUUCUACCAGCAUCUUGUGGAAGGAAAAAGCGCCAGCAAAGCCCUGAACCAAGCAAUGAACUGCAUGAGAGAAUCUGAAGAAUUUAGCGAUGUCAAACACUGGGCACCAUUCGUACUUAUUGGCGAUGAUGUCACACUAGAGUUUGGUGGGAGCGAAUAA